UCUGCCUCCUGCCCAGGGGCAUAUUGCCCCAGCACUAUCCUGUUAGUGUUCGUGACAGCGUGAAGCUGGGGCCUGCUCUCCAGACACUUCUGGGCAUAUUAAGGAUCUCUCAAGCUCUAUGUCGCUGGCCUCCCAAAAUCCAAGACAUGGCAGAUGGGGCACAGGCCAACCCCAAAGGGUUCAGGAAGAAGGCGCUGGUUAAACACUCCACUGGACAGAAGGGUCCAAGCCUCAGGGCCUCUCCUUCUAAAACCUCCAGGUCCAGCCUGGGCAUGAAGAAAUUCUUCGCCAUCGCAGUCCUGGCCGGCAGUGUGGUAUCCAUGGCCCACUGCAGCCUGCUGAACCUGAAGUCCAUGGUGGAGGCCGUCACACACAGAAACUCCAUCCUGUCCUUUGUGGGCUACGGCUGCUACUGCGGGCUCGGGGGACGCGGCCACCCCAUGGAUGAGGUAGACUGGUGCUGCCAUGCCCAUGACUGCUGUUAUCAGAAGCUCUUUGACCAGGGCUGCCGUCCCUAUGUGGACCACUAUGACCACAGGAUCGAGAAUGACACCGUGAUUGUCUGCACUGAGCUCAAUGAGACGGAGUGUGACAAGCAGACGUGCGAGUGUGACAAGAACCUGACUCUGUGCCUCAAGGACCACCCGUACAAGGACAAAUACCGAGGCUACCUCAACGUCUACUGCCAGGGCCCCACACCUAACUGCAGCAUCUACGACCCAUACCCAGAGGAAGUCACCUGUGGACAAGGUCUCCUAACACCCCCUAUCUCAACCUAGCCCAACUGAGGUCUGAGAGAAAAGAUGGUGGAGUGUCCGGCUGGGGUCUACAUCUGAUGUGUGGGGCCAGAUAGGGCACAGAACUGUCCUGUGGCUCCAUCCCAGUCCUGUAGUGAGCUCAGUACUAGAAGGUUCUAGAAGGCCAGGGCUUGUCAGUGGCAUCACUCUGUCAGCCUCACACUAAGCAUCUGGGGAUCUCUCCUGAAUAUGAAAGGAAAUGAUAUGGCCCCCCUCAACUCCAAGAACUUUUGAGAACCUUCACAGGCCUGGAAAUACAUCCCAGGCAGGCAGAAUGCCAGGUUGAGGCCUGGGUUCUGGGGAGCGGGGCCCUGGAGUCCCACAAGCUGACAUAGUCAUCGCUGCUUCUCAGUCUGUGGCUCUCUGGAGUGUCAUUCACAGAGUGGGUGACCCCAUCUGGUCCCCAGCCAACAGGAUGCAUCUAGACCCAAAGCCUGACCUCUGUUACCCAGAAUGCCUCUGGGCAGGCUCCGAAGGCACAGGGACCCCAUGUACAUAGUAGCUGCACAUACAGGGACUGGCCAGAGGUGGUCACUCAUCCACAGUUCUUCCUGCCCCUCUGACUCCUGCACAGAAGUGGUGUGUACUCUCAUUCACUGUUCCACCCACAUUCAGAGUGGCAAGUCAGGGCUGCUGGGAGCUUACUCUCUCUCUAUGCAGGGAGAGGCCAGUUCAGACUGUCGCUGGGGAAGACAUUAAGGUCUGGGUUAAAAUGUGGAAGGAAAGGUCAACUCAGGAGACUGAGAGGAAAACUCAGGUGGAGAAGAAAUGGGGUAGUAAGGAGAGGAGCAAGGAAGAGGUGGAGGGAAGUUGUAAUGAGGCCCAGGUCAGUUGUCAGACGUGUCAGUGGGAAUCGCAAGAGAAAAGAUGGUGACUGGCUAGGGUUAGAGUAACUGAGGGCACUGGGCCCCAUAGCACUGGGGAAUCAUGGACAGAGGUGAGGGUUCCUGCUGGCAGGUCACCUCUGCUGUCCCCAGCCUCGUGUUUCUUCAGGUGCACCUCCCCCUGCCCCCUACCUCUCCUUCCAUCUCAGGGUCAGCCCUUUCUCCUAUCUGUCUUCUGCCUUUGUCCAAUGCUAACGCUGAGGACCCAUGGAUGCCAGCCCUGUCUGGAUACUGAAAGCAUUCACCGGAGGCGUAGCUUGUGUGGCUGCAUGGGACAUUGCCACUGGGGACAGAGAGCCGAGCUGGGUGGUGUAGAGGCAGGGAAGGAUGUCUAUGAAGAUGGUGGUGUCUACAGUGGCAGCCCUGGAAGGAAGGGGUCACUGUGUGCAGAGGGACCACUCUGAAGCUUGCUUCAUGCUGGUUGUGAUGUGACGCGGUGGUUACCUAUGUGCACUGACCCAGCUUCCCCUAGCCUUGUGAUCUUCCUCAUCUACCCUCUCAGAAGCUCAGCCAACAAGCCUCCCUCCUCUUCCCUGCCUCACUGGUCCCACCAAGCCACGGGUGGAGCUGGGAUGGGUGCCCAGACGUGCAGGCUUCUCCAUGAGUAUACACCUAUAGAGUAAACUGGGACAACGAGACUCUACUGUUGUGGGACCUAGCUCACCUGUACCUCGGUCCUCCUCCGCCUGUCCCCACAGAAUACAACAUCCCUUCCUCAGACUAAUAAAAGCCCUCCCAUCUUGGC